CCUUGCUUCUUCCGGAACCUUAGGGGAACGGAACGACUUCCGGUUGGUGAUGACAGUUUUUUGUGCAUGCUGCGGAGUGUAGCCCCUUUCAAACUUUGUAUCACAUCUGAACCGCCAACAUGGGAAUCUUGGAUAAAAUCGCGGAAAUUGAGCGUGAAAUCGCUCGGACACAGAAAAACAAAGCCACUGAGUACCAUCUGGGUUUGCUCAAGGCCAAGCUCGCCAAGUACAGAGCUCAGCUCCUGGAGCCCAGCAAAACAGCGGGGGUCAAAGGCGAUGGCUUUGAUGUCAUGAAAUCAGGAGAUGCUCGUGUUGCUCUUAUCGGUUUCCCAUCUGUGGGUAAGUCCACCUUCCUCAGUUUGAUGACAUCAACCGCCAGUGAAAUUGCUAACUACGAGUUCACCACUCUCACCUGCAUACCCGGUGUCAUAGAGUACAAAGGGGCCAACAUCCAGUUGCUCGAUCUGCCAGGAAUCAUCGAGGGUGCUGCCCAAGGUAAGGGUAGAGGUCGGCAGGUCAUUGCUGUUGCCAGGACAGCAGACGUCGUCAUCAUGAUGUUGGAUGCCACCAAAGGAGAUGUUCAGAGAGAACUGCUAGAAAAAGAGUUGGAGUCGGUGGGCAUCAGACUCAACUGUUCGAAACCCAAUAUUUAUUUCAAGCCCAAGAAAGGCGGCGGCCUCUCCUACAACUCCACAGUUCCUCUCACCCAAUGCUCAGAGAAGCUCGUGCAGCUCAUCCUUCACGAAUACAAAAUCUUUAACGCAGAAGUCCUCUUCAGGGAGGACAGCACACCAGACGAGUUCAUCGAUGUCAUCGUCGGGAACAGAGUUUACAUGCCUUGCCUAUAUGUAAGUCCAUACUGGAUCAAAGAAAGACAUUAUUCCGGAAAGCCAAACAGAGAGCAACAUUCCUAUCCCAAAAUUGCUGUUUUUAUGAACAUUUUCAACCCAUAAAA